AUGCCUUGUCGAUCUCAAAAAGUUUUAUGUCAUAAAAAAAAACCAAAUUCAUCAAUGACGAGAACAGAUCAGUUAAUACAAUUGAAUACAAAUGCAUGUGAUCAAACUCAACCUAAUAUAAUUUCUCGUUUGGAAUCAAUUGGUAAUUUAAUAAUCAAUGAAUUAAUAGGAUCAGAACGUAAUCAUUUAAAACAACAAUUACUUACAUCUUGUAUUUCAAAGACAAAUACAAUUCAUAAUUUACCAUUUUCUUCAUCAAAAACAAGUUUAAAACAAGUAUUAACUGAUUUACAUAUACUUGAUCGUCAUACUCAACGACAAUAUCGAACAAUUGGUACAGGUGAUAAUGAUAUAAAUAUAAGUACAUCAACAGCAAAUAUCAAUCAAUUAGAUAUAACAACAACACAAAAUAAUAAUACAAAUAUAUUAAAUGAUGAAACUCAAUUAUCAACAGCAACAAAACGUAAAAAACGACAAACUAAUCAUGUAAAUUUAUUACAAACAAAUGAAUUGAAGAAUACACCGAAUAUAAUAACACGAACUAUAUGUACAAGAAGUUCAAAAUUGAAUAAUGUAAAUAACAAUCAACAACAAUCUAAUCCUAUUAUUCUUAAUCGAACACGUAAACGUCGAUCAUCUUUAAUAACUACACAAUCUCAAAACAAUAAUAAUAAUGUAGUAGAUAAUAUAAUAGAAGAAUCUCGUUUAAGUUUACAAAAAAAUAUCGGAAAUGAUGUAUCUGGUAUAAAAGUAUCUCGUAAAAAACUUCAAUCAUCUGUUCCAUCGUCAACACUUAUCGAAUGUACAAAAACUACAAACGACUUUUAA